UUUCCUCAAGACUUUGACUGAUGGGUUAAUAUAACUUAUCGUCUGCAGUAUAAACUAAAUACUUGAAACUGAAGAACUUAAAGACCGGAGUAGGUGAUCAACUCUCAUAUGAUCGGCAUCUCGUCUUGAAGUUAUCAAAUUGGUAUUACGUCAACGUUACUAUGGCUACGUUGCCGUGAAUUUUCAAACUUAUUUUCUUCCAGCACAUUCGAAAAUUUAUAUUUUAAAUGAUCAUUCAGGGUCUGUCUGAGUGUUUACGCUCAAUGUUCUCGCUUUAAAUUGCCCAAAACUACCGAUCUAUUUUCAUUCUGAAGAAAUAAACCAACAUCUUGAUUUAACGCGUCUGUCGGCAACUGUGAAUUAAAUUAAUAUGUCAAACUCUUUGUACAACAAUAUCUGGAGAGAUACUCAAGAAAAACUAUCGGAUAUUUUAGCUCGCGAACCGAAUCCAGAAACUCAAAAGCUUGAAAAGGAUCGUGCCAUAGCUUUUCAAUCACUAGCCACGUUUUAUAUCAAGUACAUUCAAAUUUUUCGAAGCUUGGAACGAUGUUAUGAUCAGAUUGUCCACCCUCAAAAAAGACGUCUUCUUAGAACCCUCCUGGAUUCUGUAAUUGGGAGGUUUCUGGAGAUGAAAAAGGAAAUGGUGAAACUGGAACUUUCUGAAUAUCAUUAUUUUGAUGAUAUACUAAUAGAUUUAAAAUUAACGCCGAGUGACGUUGAAAUACCAAUACCAAAGUACUUUUUAAAUGAAAAUUUUAGAGCGCUAAGAGAUAGAGAGCAAUUUUUGGAUCAUCUAAUAUCAAGCACAAAAACGGAUGAAACAAAGGAUGAGGGGAUAUUGAUGUCAGUUGAUCAGGCUAUACUCCUCAUUCAAAGACAUGAACGCGCACGUCAAGGCAGGAUAAGAGCCAGAUUUAUGAAAGAAAUUCGUCGGCUGGAAGAAUCGGAAAAGAGUAAAGGUGGCGAGAGGAAGUCUUAUACAACUGAUGAGGCUGCAAUUAUUAUUCAAAAGUUGUGGAGAGGUUUUAUGUGUCGUAAGAAAGUUGGGAUUAUGCGCAAAGAAGAACUUAUGUGGCUUGGUAUGGUACCAACAAAUCUACAUCACAUUGUACAAAAAUCUAGUGUGGUUAAGUUAGCUAAUCGUGUGGAUGCAGUGCGUAGAGUAACACAAAAUAUCUAUGAACAAGAAUAUCAACAAGCAUUGGUUCAGAUAAAAGAGAAAAUUCGAGAUACUGAAGGUCCAGAUAUGCGUGAAGCAAUGCAAGAUCAAAUACGGCAAUGGUUUAUUGAGUGCAGAGAUGCAACUGGAAAAUUUCCUGACUAUCCAGAUGAAGAUGAAGGAGGUUCUGCAUUAAUUUUUAAGGAAAAAACACCGGAAGAAUUAGAAAGAGAAUUAAGAGAAAAGGAUGAGGCAAGUCAAAAAUCAAAAGGAAAAAACAGUGGAAAAAGUAAAAAGAAACCGUCACCUAAAAAGAAUGAUAAACAAAAAAAGAAAAAAGGCGAUGAGGAACCAGAAGGAUUCAAAUUCUCACCAUCCGCAUUUCUUGGUGAAAUACAUGAAGGAUGUCAUAAUUAUCAAGCAUUAUGGAAAAGUCGUGAUGAAUCUGACAAUUUUCAACAACAUUAUGAUGAGGAAAUUAUCAAAGAAGAUAAACGUUUAGAAGUUGAAACAGAAAUACGAGUUCAGGUUGAUGAAUUACUUCGUGAAGAGUUAAGAAAUUUAAAAAUUGCGAUUGAUAAAGAACGUGUUCAACGAAAGAAGAAAAGUCGUGCGAAGAAAGGCAAAAAAGGUAAAAAAGGCAGAAGAAAAAAAGAGAAAGAUCUUACACCUGACAGAACAUUGAUCUCACUUUUUGAAGAAUUAGUAUUGGCUGGAAUAAUUAAAAAAGUUGAAAAAUACUCAAUGAAUGAAUACUCUGGGGAAUAUUCUUAUUUAGGUACAACGUUAAGACAAGCCAAUGUUGAACCACAACCAACGUUAAGUGAUGUACGUAGAUUAGUGACAGAAUAUGCUAUUCUACCAUUAGGCUCACAAAAUGUUCAUGAAAAAGCUCCGUUGAUAAAGUCUCUUCUGUUGGCUGGACCACAUGGAACUGGUAAACGUAUGUUGGUCAAUAUUAUAUGCACUGAAACUGGAGCUAAUCUGUUCGAUUUAUCUGCAGAAAAUAUUGCAGACAAAUAUCCUGGUAAAGAUGGUCUUAGAAUGUUGAUACACCUAGUUUUUAAAGUUGGACGACUUCUUCAGCCUUCAGUAAUAUUGAUUAACGAUUGUGAAAAAAUGUUUAAAAAGAAACUUCCCAAAACUGAUUUGGCAGAUCCUAAAAGAUUAAAAAAAGAAUUACCUAAAGCAAUGAAGAUUUUAACACCGAAUGAUCGUGUUCUACUUAUUGGUUGUUCAUCAGCACCAUUUGAAGCAGAUAUUCGACCAUUUUGUAAAUUAUAUCAAAAAAUUAUUUUGAUACCAAGACCAGAUUAUGCUUCUAGAAAUAUUAUCUGGAGAACACAAAUUAUACGUCAUGGAGGAAUACUAACAGAUGAACUAGAUAUUACUUCAUUAACAAAAAUAUCUGAUGGUUAUACAUCUGGUCAAAUAGCUCAAGCAUGUAGUCAAGUUAUUACAGAACGGCGUAUUGCUCAGCUAAGUAGGAGAUGUUUAAAAGCUGAAGAAUUUAUUACACCAUUGGCCCAAAUCGAUCCAGUAUUCGCUGAUGAAGAAGAAGCAUAUAAGACAUGGUAUCGUAAAACACCUCUUGGUAAACAGAAAGCUUCAGCUAUUCAAGCUGAAAGUGAAGCGGCAUCUGGUGGAGCUAAUAAGAAACCCGUUAAAGGUCGAAAGAAAUGAAUUAUUAACCAAAAAUGUGAUUUUCUUUCUUGUUUAUUUGUUUAAGUUAAUGAAAAUUAUGAAAAGAAAAAACAUGUCACUGAAUUUGUUUGUUUCUCUAAUUUAUCAGAAUAAUUAUUUAACGUUUAUCGACUUUCUGUACGUUGCAUAUGAAUAAAUAUUUCUAUGAAAAGAACAGAUCUUAUCAUCUAUUUAUCCCUCUAUAGAAUAAUUAAAAUCUCAUAUAAUGUAACGUUUCACGACUAUAUUUAAUAUAGAAGUUUCAAUAUAUAUACGUAAGCAUUUGUAAGUUAACUAUCAUAUUAUAGGAUUCACAUAAAAGUCCUUUCGAAUAAUGAACAGUUCUAUGAUUAAAUUAAACUUGCAGCAAUAUUUUAUUUUAGAAAACAUUGAUGAUUUGUUGUUGAUCAGUCGUAUGUUAUAUAAGGAUAUUUUAUUCUUUGAUUGUUGGGGCGAGUGGGGAUGGUUAGAGAGAUUGGAAACGAUAUUGAUCUCUGUGUAUUUAUGUUGGUAAUUCCAGAUUCUAUAUUCAAAGCAAUUAAUCCGUUUUAGAAAUUUCUAUAGAAAAGUGAGACGUCUUUUAUUUGAAAAAUAUGUGGUGUAUUCGCACCAUACAUUUCCAGUAAUCUGGUUACACGUAUACUUGUUAUGGCGUUGAUUUGUAAAAAAUAAUAAAUAUCGAUUAAAUAAAUGUUCAAAUAAACGAAAAAUGAUAAUCGUGAAUAAAGGAGAAAAAAUUCCGUAUAAUAUGGAAAGAACAAGAAAUGGUCAUAUCACUCUACGCCGUUAAAUGACUUAAAGAUUUCCAGGGUACAUUAAAAAGUAACGACAAAUUGUUUCUGUACACAGAAUGAUGGUCUAAAUUUACGUAUAGUUUAGGCUUCUAUAAACUUAAGGAUUCGUCUUCAACGAUUUCUAUACAAUGUUUUAAAAACAGUAUUAAUGUCAAUUCCGUUCUUUUUUUCAAUUAUAUACUUUGAUAUCAAUGAAUGAGGUUUUCUGCUGUUUGUGCUUAUCAGAGCGUUUGGUAUUAAUUGAUUCUGAAGCCAUCUACGUACAUGUUUCAUAAAUCUAGAUUGGAUUGUCUGGUUACUUCUCUUUGAUUAUGAAUCUGUUCUCGAUGGCCACAUUUAGUCCCUGUCUAAAAAUUAUACUGUUUAUCUUUCUUCCAAAUGAUAAACAGAUAUAAACCUUUAUCUUAGCAACAGUAUUAAAAUGGGUUUUGGUGUUGACUGGUUUUUACAUUGAUUUAUGAAAUUCAGCUGGUAAACAUUUAUUAUCAGUCAACAGUUCCAUGUCUUUCUCAAACGCAUCCGCAUCACGUUUACAGAGGACUGAUAGGUGUACUUAGGGCUUCAUGUGAAACUGGAUCAUUGAUCUUAAUGUCUGGGGUCAAAUAUGAUGCAUUCAAAUCAGUGAGUAAUAACAAAUACUAUGUUGCAUAUUUCAUGAAACUGAUCAAAUUCUGCUAAUCGAUUUGGACCAUGAACAUCAGUAUGAAUUACCCGAUAUCAUGAUGGUCUUUGUUUCAUAUUACAUGAUUGAAGCUAGUCAAUAGAUAACAGUGAACUUAACGAAUUCCUUCAAUAGCAAUCUGGCAUUCUUUAUUUAUGUUUUCCUAAAACUUAAGAUUAAUGUUAAUUUGUA